ACCCUCCCAUUUGUCCUCUGGCUGAGUGAAAGAGAAAGAAAGAAAAUUGUCCACUUUUGCAACCCUUUGACAUUCAGGGGUAUUCCAUUAAUACCACAACAAGUCCAUGCCAGCUUUUCUUCUCCCGCUAAACCCCCCACGACCUGGUUUUUCCUUCUUUUGAACGUAAAGCCAAAGCUAAAGCCAGCUCCCCCCCCGGGGCAGAAAAGCUCAAAAAAACAGUCAUAUCUUCACAGAGAAGCUCCCCGGUCAAAAGUGUCCUCUUUUCUGAGUCGUUUUUUGUGGGUUUUAGGCACCAAUUCAGCUCUGCAAUUUUCACCAGCAAGUGUCACUUUGUGGGGUCUUUUUUUUUUUUUCGGGAAGGUGAAAAAUGCAAGUGAGAAAGUUAAAGUUUUGGACUUUGGAGUCUGAUUAGAGGCGUUUGAGAAAUUUGCCCUCACUUCUGGGUUCGUGGAGAUUAAGGCGGUUUGGAGGGAUGAGCGGUGGUGAAGGUAAAAUGCUGGGAUUAAGUGUGAAACAACACAAGCGUUCAAAAAGCUUUCCUGAGAAGAAAAGAGUGGAGGAAGAUGAUUUGGAUGGUUCCGGUGAAGCAUCAGACCUUGUAAAGCUGGAUAUGGGACAAUUCAAGGGCCAUGUUACGACCAAGAAGAAACAAUCUCCUACCGUGGAAGUACACAACUCUUUAAAGCAAGAGAUAUUUUGUACACAGAUUCUACAGCUUGAGAAAAGAUUACAAGAUCAAUUCAAGGUCCGUCAUGCUUUAGAAAACUCAUUGGGUUAUAGGUCUUCCAUCCAUCAUAAUACAACUGCAAGUGUGAUGCCUAAGCCAGCCACAGAAUUGAUUAAGGAGAUUGCUGUGUUAGAAUUAGAAGUUGUGCAUUUGGAACAAUAUCUUCUCUCAUUGUAUAGGAGAGCAUUUGAUGGGAAAUUUUCCUCUGUUUCCCCAUCUAAGAAGGAUGAACGACUAAAACCAACUCUAACAAGCCCAAGAAUCAGAUUCCUGGAAGUUUCUGAACCUGAUAUGCCAUUGGAGAGGGAAAACUUGGCAGUUCAAUCCAGUGGUCAGUCACUUGAAAAUUCACAGAAGGAAUUCAAUGCAAUUGGAGGAGAAGAGAAACUAUUAGAUUCCAGUGUUCACCGUUGCCACUCCUCACUUUCGCAACGCUCUGCAUUCUUAAGUAGAACUUCUCCAGAAGAGUCUUUGGCAAACACUUUGCGUUCCUGUCAUUCUCAACCGUUGUCUAUGAUGGAGUAUGCUCAGAAUACUUCGUCAAAUUUAAUUAGUCUGGCAGAGCAUCUUGGUACACGCAUUGCUGAUCAUAUUCCAGAGACACCUAACAGGCUUUCAGAGGACAUGAUCAAGUGCAUGUCCACCAUAUAUUGCAAGCUUUCCGAAUCACUCUUGUCACAUAAUGGCCUUUCAUCUCCCAAUUCAUCUUUGUCAUCAACAAGUGCAUUUUCACCACGAGAUCAGAGUGACAUGUGGAGUCCACGAUGUAGGAAUAAUUCAUCUUUUGAUGUACGAUUGGAUAAUCCUUUUCAUAUUGAAGGACUUAAAGAGUUUAGUGGGCCAUACAGCACAAUGGUUGAAGUGCCAUGGAUUUAUAGAGAUAGUAAAAAACUAGGCGAUAUCGAGCACUUGCUACAACAUUUCAGGUCACUUAUCUGUAGGUUAGAGGAAGUAGAUCCAAGAAAGUUGGAAAAUGAUGAGAAGUUAGCGUUCUGGAUUAAUGUACACAAUACAUUGGUUAUGCAUGCGUAUUUGGCUUAUGGGGUUCCUCAAAACAAUGUAAAGAGAGUAUUUUUGCUUUUGAAGGCUGCUUAUAACAUUGGGGGUCACACAAUCAGCGCAGACACAAUGCAAAGCUCUAUCCUUGGAUGCCGGAUGUCUCGCCCGGGACAGUAUAUCUCUGCUUGCAGUGGCUUCGUUUGUUACUUACUCCAAGGACGAAGUUCAAGACUGGAGAUGAACGGCAAGCAUAUGCAAUUGACCAUCCGGAACCCCUUCUACACUUUGCACUGUGUUCAGGAAGCCAUUCUGAUCCUGCGGUUCGUGUAUACACACCCAAGAGGGUAUAUCAGGAUCUGGAAGCUGCAAAGGACGAGUACAUUCGAGCUACCUUUGGAGUGCGCAAGGACCACAAAAUUCUUCUACCGAAGAUUGUUGAGGCAUUUGCAAAAAGUUCGGGUUUGUGUCCAGUUGGUGUUUUAGAGAUGAUCCAACAGACUUUGCCUGAAUCAUUGAGGAAGAGUGUCAAGAAAUGCCAGCUUGGGAAACACCGCAAGAGCAUCGAGUAUAUUCCUCACAACUUCACAUUUCGGUAUUUAAUUUCUAAAGAGCUGGUGAAGUGAACGGUUGCAUAGGGUCCCAUAAAUUCAUGUAAUCUGCAUUGUUGUCAAGGUUUUUAUGGUAAAGAAAUCGUCUCUCUUCUGUACAAAGUAGAAUAUGAACCCGGAAAAAUCAAAGUAGAAAGAAGUGAUGGCUAGAGAAUAGAUGGGGGAUUUUAGCACUGUAAAUAUAUCUUUUGUUUCCCUGAAACCAUCAUUAUUAAUAGUAAAAUCGAUUGCAAUUUCAUGUGUCAA